CGUCUUGCAGUCGCCGAGCUGAUCCGUCGCUCUCUGCUGCCGGCAAAAUGGUUACAUAAGCAGCGGGCCGGACGCAGCGUUAGUGCAGGGAUGUUCACGGGGCCCGCUUGUCUGUGUUUUGAGGGUAUGGUGUCACAAGAGCUGUUCCCAGCGCAUUAUUCCAAUCGCGGGACAGUACUCAUGCGGAAGUGACUGCACGAUGAUCUGCAUCUUGGCGACUUACUUUUCUGCCUAGCGUGGGUGUGAGCUUUCUUGCUUGUCCAUCUGCCUAAGUCGGUGGACACAAACUGGACCAGGAGUUUUCAGCUGGAGCAAGUAGUGCGCGACCUACCUCUACGUUAGGGAUCGUGUGUGAAGUGGUUGUUGGAGGAGCUGUGUAUCUUGAUCAUCGAAAGGCGUAGGUGCGUGUCGUACAGUAUGGAGCAGAGGACAGAAACUGUACCAGGAGUGUUCAGCUGUACCGAAUUUGUGUGCCACCUACCUGUUUGCGGCUGUUGGGACCGCUGGACGCUUCUCGAUCCGACAACUGGAUGAAUCGGUGGUGUAGCACGAUACUGUGGCGCAGACUAAACUGGAGUGAACGGUAGACAUUCUUCCCGCACGGUUCGGGAGAGAGUGAACUCGCGCUGGGCGCUUAUUGAUUUCCCAACUGUGUUAAGUGCGUGGUACGGUACGAUAAGAGGACAGAGGCAGUUAUCAGGCUCCUGGUGCCGUGUGCCGUCCGCAAGCAACAGUUGUCAGCGACGCCACUGCAGCGUACGGUCGGCCGCAGGCGAUAACGCGUCGUGUACAGCUUGGACGUUGCAAAUAGACGAACUAUACGGACCAUCGCUGAUGGAUGAGAGCUGGAACCUUUAUGUGUGCCUAGGGCGAUUGUGAUCUGGCUGUUGUAGCUGCUGCAAGCUUCUUGAUUGUCCAGUUGGGGAAGUCUGUGGGACAGUGCGGCACAAGGGCCGAGACAGGUAGUUGUUAGAUGUGAGAAGCUGCAUCGAGAUCUAAAAUUGCCAGUGACACCUCUGAGAUAUAAAGUUUGCUACUGACAGUGGGAGGUCGUUAUUAGCUUGGACUUUGUAGCUAGGAGAAGUCCUUGACUCAGUGACUUAGGAAGUCCGUGGGACAGUUCGGCUCAGGUGAUAAGGUCUGUUGACUCGUGAGUGACGUAAAGUAGCACCAUAUAGUGAAUAAGUUCGACUCUGUAAGUGGGCAGAGUGCAUGGUCUGUACACGGAGGAAGUGUCCCGUUGGAGAGACACUGGCGUGGGAGAGUGGAGACUUCGGGGUGAGGACGGUGUGAGGCGCAUGUCGUCGCAGCAGCAGCAGCAGCAGGGAGCGGCUUCCCUGUCGCUGGUGUCCGGGCCCGGAGCGACGGCCCCACCGGGGUCCCCAGACGCGAGGGCCCACGGAAUGCCGCCCGCCGCCUCGGCGCACGCAGGAGUUCACGGGAACGUCAACGUGCUGCUCGGAGGAGCGAUGCUGAGCGGCGUGAUCAUGGUGGUGUUCCUGGUGUGCUACUGCUGCCACCGCAACAUGCGCAAGGGGGCGCCGGAGCGCGCCAGCCAGCAGUACCAGUGGGCCGGCGACCAGGAGCUGCCAGAGCUGCCGCUGGAGGUCUUCACCGUGGACGGGCUGUGCUACGAGGUGUCCGGCGCCGUUCUGGUAGACGGCUGCCAGCUGUCGUCCGCGCAGCUGCAGGCGCGCCAGCAGCAGCUCCUGCAGCUACAGUUGCAGCACCAGCAGCAGCAGCCGCGCACCGCCGGCCAGCCGGCCGCGCCACCGCCCCCGCCGCCCCCGCGCAGCCCUCCCCCGGACUACGACGCCGUGGUGCUGCGCGACUCCAAGCAGGACGACCAGCUGCCCAGCUACGAGGCGGCCCUCCGCCUCGAGGCGCACGGAUACGUCUGACCUCCGUGGCAGCCGCCGUCUGCAGGCCACCGCCGCCACCUCCGCCGCCGCCGGCCCCACAGCGGUGCACCACAUGUUCUCCAAAUGG